UGCCAGCCUGCCGGCCCGGGUCCCUGCCUGUUUCUGGCUUCUUGUAUGCCCGAUUCUUCCACCUUUCUAUUGAUCUGACAAACCAGGGACCAUGUCUACCUUUGGCUACAGAAGAGAACUGAGCAAAUAUGAAUCCAUCGACGAGGAUGAGCUCCUGGCUUCACUCACAGCUGAGGAGCUCAAAGAGCUAGAGAGGGAGCUGGAAGAUAUUGAGCCCAAUAGGAACCUACCAGUGGGACUAAGGCAAAAGAGCCUGACCGAAAAAACCCCUACUGGGACGUUCAGCAGAGAGGCACUGAUGGCCUACUGGGAGAAAGAGACCAAAAAGCUUCUGGAGAAAGAGAGGCUAGGGGAGUGUGAUAAGGGUACAGAAGAAGACAAAGAAAGCGAGGAAGAACUGAUCUUUACGGAGAGCAAUAGUGAAGUGUCUGAAGAGGUUUAUACUGAAGAGGAAGAGGAGGAGGAAGAGGAAGAAGAAGAAGAAGAAGAAAGUGAUGAAGAAGAGGAAGCAGAAAGGAAGCCUGAGGUCCCGGAGGCCCGUCAGGGAACUCCGAAUUGCGUACAGGGCCGUUCCGAUAGCCCUAAGCCAAAGACAUUUAAAAGUCAAAUAGAAAACAUAAAUCUAACGAACGGCCACAGUGGCAGAAACACGGAGUCUCCUACUGCCAUCCACCCUUGCGGCAAUCCUACCGUUAUCGAGGACACUUUGGAGAGGGUGAAGAACAACGACCCGGACACCACCGAGAUCAACCUGAACAACAUCGAGAACAUCACGACGCCGAAUCUGACCCGCUUGGCCGAAGCGCUCAGGGACAACACGGCCGUGAAAACCUUAAGCCUGGCCAAUACGCGCGCCGACGACGCAGCCGCCAUCGCCAUCGCCGAGAUGCUGAAGGUCAACCAGCACAUCACCAGCGUCAACAUCGAGUCCAACUUCAUCACCGGGAAGGGGAUCCUGGCCAUCAUGCGGGCGCUCCAGCACAACACGGUUCUGACGGAGCUGCGCUUCCACAACCAGAGACACAUCAUGGGCAGUCAGGUGGAAAUGGAGAUCGUCAAGCUGCUGAAGGAGAACACCACGCUGGUGAGGCUGGGCUAUCACUUUGAACUUGCUGGACCAAGAAUGAGCAUGACGAGCAUUCUGACGAGAAAUAUGGACAAACAGAGGCAGAAACGGAUGCAGGAGCAAAAGCAACAAGAGGGCUAUGACGGAGGAAGCAACUUCAGAGCCAAAGUCUGGCAGAGGGGAACUCCCGGCUCUUCUCCUUAUGCGUCCCCAAGACAUUCUCCUUGGUCAUCUCCAAAACUACCUAAGAAAGUCCAGUCAGUGAGAAGUCGACCUGCAUCUCCCGCGGCCCCAUCUCCUCCUCCUCCUCCCCCACCGCCACCUCCUCCUCCUCCUCCUCACGUGUCACUACUACCUCCUCCCCCACCACCGCCCCCACCUCCUCUGCCAGAGAAAAAGCUAAUAACCCGAAAUAUUGCAGAAGUCAUCAAACAACAGGAGAAUGCCCAAAGAGCACUGCAAAAUGGACAGAAAAAGAAAAAAGGGAAAAAGUUAAAGAAACAACCCAACAAUAUAUUGAAAGAGAUAAAAAAUUCAUUAAGGUCAGUUCAGGAAAAGAAAGCAGAAGAAAGUUCCCGACCCUCCACUCCGCAGAGAUCAGCUCAUGACAACCUCAUGGAUGAGAUUCGGGGAAGCAGUAUAAGACAGUUAAGGCGGGUGGAAGUACCAGAGGCUCUUCGAUAGAAUAAGAAAUAGAGAAGAAUCCAAGCAUCACUUCACAAAGAGGAUGCCGAAUUGUUCAAUGGUAUUCAAUAGACUGAAUUGUGCAGUGUUUCCCAAAUACACUCGUCAAUUUGAAACAUCCUUUUCCACCCUAAAUAACAGCACCAAAAUAUCAUCCCAAAUAGAGUUUUAAGAAAUAGGCAUCAUUCUGUUGUAAAUAUGAAAAUAAAUAAAUGUCUUUUUUUAUUUAAUGAUAUUUUUAUUGGCAAGUAGCAAUUUAUUUAAAAAUUAUCUUAAGUAUUUACUUGUAAAUCUCUGGAUAUGUUAAUUGUCCUUAACUGCACUAGAUUCUCAGCCUGUGUUGAGGUUUUAGGACCUUUUCCCUUAAUAAAAUUAGUUUAAAGUUU